UUUUUGAUUUACUAACUUAAUCUGUAAACUUCUUUUUUUUUAGUUUCGUUCGUAAAAGUUAGUGAGAGGCAAACGUGUUUCGCGUCAAUUAUUUCAUUGUUUACUCAUUUAAAUAAUAAGAAAACAAUGUAAAGUGACAAAUAAAUCGUGUUGCUGUUAAGUUUAUGUGUUUGUGUACAAAAUGAAAGUUAUUGAAGCUAAGAUUGUAGUUUUAGGAUCGCAAGGUGUCGGCAAGACCAGCCUUGUGGUCCGGUACAUAGGCAAGAUGUUCUCCAAGCACAUAUCUCCAACGAUAGGAGCUUCUUUCUUCACCUGCAAUAUCAACUUGGACAACGCUAGGGUUAAACUUCAGGUAUGGGACACAGCAGGACAAGAGAGGUUUCGCUCAAUGGCACCGAUGUAUUAUCGAAACGCUAACGCCGCGCUACUAGUCUUCGAUAUCACUAACUUUAACAGCUUUGUCGCUAUCAAAGGAUGGGUUAAGGAGUUGCAGAGUAACGUACCCGAAGCGAUGGUGCUAUCAGUGGUGGGCAAUAAGAGUGACCUGGAAGAACUCCGCGCCGUGCAGGCGAGCGAGGCGGCACAGUUCGCGGAGUCCAUUGGCGCCCACUACUGCGAGACCUCUGCGCUGCAUGACCAGCAAGGAAUAGACGAAGUAUUCCUGAACACGGCAGCUGCUCUGCUGAAGCUGUCCAGCUCCAACCUGGUCUCCUCGCUGCGGUCAUACGACUCCGCCGAUGUUGACAACGAUAAAAUACCUACAGGUUCUCCCACAGAAGAAGACGCUACACAUACAGGCAAAGUGGAACUACCAGCGUGGAGUAUAGACAGCAUUGCACAUGGAGAUGUUCAGAAAAACAUGUGCUGCUGACCGACGAGCCACGAGGCCACUGCAUGGAUGGGUGGCAGGUGCACGAGGACUUAUGUGAAAAGUGUUAGAAGUGAUAGUGAAAAGGUUAAGGGUGAAAUUUCAUCAGUGUGUGACAACAAAUGUAUCUCGUGGUGUACUCGCUGUAGCAAAACUUUGUACGCGAAUACAUGCUAGUAGGCAUGGCAUUCUCGCGUGAUGCGUGCAUAUUUUUGCGUACCUAACAAUUUUGGUGGAAUUUUGCCAUAAUAGUUCUCUUCAAGUACGUUUGCUUAACCGAAGUUGAUACCACAGAGCAGUUAAGACAUGAAUAAAUUAUUGUUAACUCAAUUUACACCAGAAUGAAAUGGAAUAAAAGAGUCAAUUAUGCAUCACGACGCGCGAAUUCGUUGGAAUUCUCGCCCAUUCUAACGAAUUCCACUGAUUCACUGACCAAAUUCUAGAAAAAGCGCGAGGAUAAAUACAAUAGAAUUGGCUGAUGGUCGCACGGGAGUAAACCUUUUAACCUUAUUUCAUGAAAUAAGAAAAAUAAAGAGAUCUAACCAUUGACUGGGCAUUCUGUCAAUGUCUAAAAAUCUGUCAUUUCGAUGUAAAUUUUUAUAUUUUAUAAGUAAAAAUAAAAAUCACAAAAAUAUUAAUUUGUUCUCGAAAACAUGUGAUUUACCAUUGUAAUUAAUUUAAUACAAUUUUGUAUUGUAUUAAAAAGUAAAAUUAAAACAAAUACAAAAUGAAACUAAAUCUUAUAAGAUUCACAAUCAGACGAAUUUACAUUCCCGUAACAGUGUUUGCUAUGGAGGAUUAUUUUUUGGAAUAAUUCCAAAUAAGAUAUCAGAUUCUUACAAUUGGGUAAUAUUUUUUUAUUUCUUAUUUUCUGUUAUUUAUUCAACUAGCUUUAUCCCGUGGUUUCACUUGUGUAUUUAAAGUUAAGUUUGUUUGUUUGAACGCGCUAAUCUCAGAGGUAUCGGGUCGCCCUGGUACCUAGGUUGAGCAGAUAGGCAGUCGCUCCUUGUAAAGCACUGGUACUCAGCUGCAUCCAGUAAGACUGGAAGCCGACCCAGACAUAGUUGGGAAAAGGCUAGGCAGAUGAUGAAUGCCCUAGCCUUUUCAGAAUUCCCUUUGGUGAUGUUCCUCAGAUGCUACAAUUAAGUUAGAUAGGCCACUUAUCGAUGAAGGCUACGUGACACGUGAAAAAGGCAGUUAACUUAUGUAUGACACAAGUGAAACCGCAGGAUAAUUUAGUAUUACACAUACAUACUUACAAACAUUUUAAAAGACAUUAUUUUUAACAUUCCGUUAUGACUAAUUAUUAUUUCUAGUUUUAAGUACACAGGUCUGUAUUAUAUUAGGUUAUUUUAACUACUUAUGAUAUUUAAAACUAGCUUCUGCCAGCGGUUUCACCCGCAUCCCGUGGGAACCUCUGCACGAACCCGGAUAAAUAUAGCCUAUAGCCUUCCUCGAUAAAUGGGCUAUCUAACACUGAAAGAAUUGUUCAAAUCGGACCAGUAGUUCCUGAGAUUAGCGCGUUCAAACAAACAAACAAACAAACUCUUCAGCUUUAUACUAUUAGUAUAGAUUGAUAAAAAAUAUGAAAAAAAAAACUGGAAAGAAAGAAAAAUGAUUUUAUUUUUAACUAGAUAACCUUUUAACUAUAUUACUAGGUUUUUAGCUCAAUUAAUAUUCAACUCUUAUUUUUUAUUUUACUUUCAGAUACUUUAUUUUUUUAAUAAAACCAACGUGAGUUAAGUUUUAACGGAAUUACAAAAAUGUAACAUUGAAGAGUAUAUAAAAAUCAAAAAGGUAUAAAUGGACUGUGAUUUGGUGUGUGACAGUUUAUUCUAUUUUAGUCAUUUAAAGUAAAAAUGAAAAUUAAUAACAAUAUGUAAUUAGUUAGAAUAUAAUUUUGAUUAUAAUAUUUGCACAUUCACAUUGAACUAUCCAAUUCUUGCCAAUCAACGACUCAUUUCUGAAUUGUGAAUAAAAUCAAUUAAAGUAACAAAAAAAAAUACUGAUGCACUACAAAAAAUAAUAAUAAGAGGGAGACAUUUGCAAUUCAGAAAUUAGUCGUCUUCUAAAUGCUCAAUUUGAAAUUGUUAUUUUAUAAGACAGGGUAACUUUAAAAACAGGACAAAAUAUACCAAGGAAUUGUUAAAAUCUUACAGUAAGUUGCACCAUUUAACUAUAACGAUAACCAUACCAUAACCAGCGUAUACUUGCCGCCCAUUGGUCAAAUCAGCGAUUUGACAACUGAAAAUGGUUCGGUUAUCGUUAUAGUUAGUAUAGAAAUAAUAUUACAUUUAUAUAUUUUUGAUAUGAAGAUAGUUACGUAUUGUAAAGUUGGACCAAAUGAAUUUAUUAUGUACACUUUUGUAUUAAGUUUAUUAUCAAAUCAAUAUAUAAAUAAUGUUUA